AGCCCCAGAAGAAGGGAGGGAACGGGGCAGCGAGCGCUGGAGAGCAGCAUGGAGCCCUUGGCCGACAGGCUCGCGACCGCGGCUGCACGGGGUCGGGCCGAAGAGGUGCGGGCGCUGCUCGCGGCAGGGGCGCAGCCCAAUGCGCCGAACCGCCUGGGUCGGAGCCCGAUUCAGGUCAUGAUGAUGGGCAGCGCCCGCGUGGCCGAGCUGCUGCUGCUCCACGGCGCGGACCCCAACUGCGCGGAUCCCGCCACCCUCACCCGACCUGUGCACGACGCCGCCCGGGAGGGGUUCCUGGACACGCUGGUGGUGCUGCACCGAGCCGGGGCGCGGCUGGAUGUGCGCGAUGCCUGGGGCCGCCUGCCCGUGGACCUGGCUGAGGAGCGGGGCCACCGCGACAUAGUCCGGUACCUUCGCGCAGCCACGGGGGGCACCGGCACUGGUAGCCACACCGGUACAGACGGUGCAGAAGGUGUCGCAGACAGCCGGACUUAAAGAAUCAUUGAGAUCUGAAGACACCUCAAUAUGGUUUUGAUCUUCCGUCACCCAAGAGAAAUAAGCCCAUCCCACCCAACUCUUCCCUGCUUUCUUAGUUGCCAUAUAUCAAAUAGCGCUUUUUAAAUCUGCCUUCCCCUUCCCCUAAAUUUACAUUUGUAUUUCCAUUUAUACAUUGUUAUAAAAGCUAAAAAGCAA